AAACAAUAGAAAAGUGACAGAUUGUCGUUGUGGUUUUGUUCGAAGGAUUGUGUGUCUCUCCGGCGUUUAAAAUCGAUGUAUCACCGAAAUCUUGCUCACCUGAACCCCUACGAACUGCACAAGCAUCUGAUCAAUGAGUACAUCCUCAAGAAACCGGGGGCGGCCAAGGAGCUGUUCCAACGGGACACAUCUCGGGACAAAACGGAUCACGAUGUCGUGCGCGAGAACCACCGGUUUCUGUGGCACAGUGAACCCGUCGAUACCUGGGAGAAACAGCUAGCCAAGAAGUAUUACGAUAAACUGAUCAAGGAGUACUGCAUUGCCGAUUUCAGCCGCUACAAGGAGAACAAGGUUGCGCUACGCUGGAGAAUCGAACAGGAGGUGGUGAAUGGCAAGGGACAGUUCCGCUGUGGCAACCGGAGCUGCGAAGAACCGAACGGACUGCGCAGUUGGGAGGUAAACUUUGGGUACCUUGAGCAUGGCCAGAAGAAGAAUGCAUUGGUGAAACUACGUCUUUGUCCAAAGUGUUCAGAUAAGCUGAACUAUCACUCGAAAAAGCGAGAAGUGAAACGAAUGAAGAAACGCGAACGAAGAGUGAAAGCUACUAAACAUAAGCCAAGGGCUGGGCCUUCUAGUGAAUGUUCCGUAGAAAGGAUCGAGCCGGAAGACGAACCCACAACAGAAGCACCGAGUGAAGAGCCAACAGGCAGUCAAGAUCAUGCAGAGAAUAUCACAUCGAGCGAACCACAGAACUUCGAAAGCAACUGGACAAAGGGUCCUGAGGCCGAGGAAAAAACGCGCGAAGAAGAAUUCGAUGAGUACUUGGAAGAUCUGCUACUAUAAUGCGACACCAGAGCAAGCUCCAAUCCGAAAAAGCUCCAUAGUGAUUGAACUGUUUUUGUAAAAUAAACCCUAAAAAAUAUGUUUUGUUUUAUGUAUUCACUCUUAG